CAUAGCAACUAAGCACGUCCCCCUAGCCACCAUCACUCCGACUCAUAGCUGCUCACCUACAAGUUCCGAUCAGCAACGGUGACCGAAAAUGUUUUCCUCAGUCCGUGCCUCUUUUACUUUACCGAGAUGUAUUCUUCAGCGAAGUAGGCAAGUGUGGACAACACGGCUUCUACAUUAGCAGGGCAAACGAGCAGCGACUAAUUGAUAUGGCACAGCAAUGGAAGUCUCGGACUCUUCGCGAGUGCAGGAAAGAAAUCAUCCCGAGUGAAUUGGUGUGAUGGUAGAGUUGUCAGUGUCUCUUGCUACUUCUCUCCGUCAUCAAUGACGCACGCGCCCCGUCGCGUCCCCCCUGAUACUAAUAACCAGAACCCCCCACAGAGCAAGUCGCCUUACACUACCACCACAAUAACCGCCAACUCCACCGAAAUCCCCACAACCGACGAGAUGCCUCCAGGGCAGAAGCGCAGUGCGGCCAAGCUCAAGGAAGACAGUGGAGCUGAAGAAGCAGAGUCUGGUGCGAAACGUGCGAAGUCUACACCCAAGAAGAAGUCGGCGCAGGGAGAGACCGGAAAGCAGUACACUGAUGUAGAUGGAAAUGCCUAUUGGGAGCUCGGUGGCCGUCUUCGCCGCAUGACGGUGAGCGAAUACAAAGGCAAAACCUUAAUCGGCAUCCGCGAAUACUUCGAGAAAGAUAACAUGACGUUGCCAGGAAAGAAGGGAAUCGCUCUCAGCGUCCAGCAAAUAUCAGCCCUCGUGUCGGUCCUGCCUCAGCUCGAAGCCACCCUCAGAGAGAGCGGCAUCGAGCUCCCUAGACCGGUCUACAGCGACGAGCCCAUUAAGGCCGUGAAGGCUGAGGAGCCCGAAGAGGAGACGAAAGAUGAAGAGAAAGCUGAGGAGGAAGUGUCGGAGGAAGAAGGGGCGAAGUCGUCGCCCUAGAUGCAUCAAGCGCAAAGAGAACCACGGCUAUGGGACAAACGGUUUCAUCUGCCGAAUUCUUUACUGUUUGCUGCUCUCCGUUCUUUGGCUUGCGGGAUUUGCAGUUAGAAGAUGGGGCAUUUAUGGCUGGACAAUAAAUGCAGAAUCAUGCACACAUAUAUCUCUGUCCCUCACUCUUCAGUGGCUGUUCCACGCGGCCCACGUUCUCCGUACCAGUUAGAAUACCGGAGUUGUAUCACCCCCG